GAUGUAUGUUGGCCGAUUAUGACUUUUCCUAUGGGGUUUCAGUUAUGCAGAACAUCGAGACAACCAUUCAGACAUGUCACAAACUGCUCUUGGUGGUAUCGCAGCAUUCUUUACAGAGUGCCAUGUGUGAUAAGGAGGUGGAUAUGGCACACAAGUACGCCGCUGAUACCCGCCGAAAUGAUUUCAUGCUAGUUCUACGAUUGGAUGAGUCUAAAAUGCCUCUAAAGCUAAAUUAUAUGACGUAUAUCAACGGCGUGGGACUGGAGGUCAAGGACGUUGGACGUAAAGUGGGAAAGGCAUUUUAUAGAAUUGCUGAUGUUCAACUCCCACAGAAUAUAAAUGGCAUAGAGAUCCUACGGAAGCACCCGAUAUAUACAGACUAUAGACUGUGUUGCAGCUCUAGCUAUGAACUCUGUGACCUAUCUCGAUCCCAAAGGAAUGAGUUGUUUUCAUGGUCAAUUGAGGAAUCACAAGAAUGUUACCGAAAGAUAAGGGAGGAAGCCAAUGACCACUUUCUUCUUAAACGAUACGCCGUGUUUGUUUGUGGUCCCACGCUCAUGUGUGUUUGGAUGCUUCUGGUUUUGGGAAUUACCAUAUUAUUCGCCUCGUUGUAUAUUUUGUUAUCAAUACUUACCGGAGCAGACACCUCUCUCCUCUACUAUCUGCUUAUAAUUUCCAGUGUGUUGAUUGGUUUAACCAUAUGUCUCUAUACAGCAUAUACAGUGUACAUUUUCCAUCAGAUGAUGAGUAGACUCUAUUCCAUUGUGCGGAAGAAUAUAGAUUGCAAAUCACAAAAUUACAUCGUUAUUCCCAGACGGCACUGGAACGACAUUUUCAUUUCCUUCAUAUAUUACGACAUGAAACCAUGCUGGAAAUAUCUGGAACAAAGAGCACGAGAAUAUUGGCCGGAUGAUUCCGAAGAGGAUAUUGCUAAUAAAUGCAAUGAGGAAUUGGUCACGACUAUCCUUGACUCGUUUAAGGGAUCAGACUGGAAUCCAAUACCACAGGCAGCGUCCAUCCGGCACAAUACUUACCAGAAUAGGUGUUGCCUGUGUAUGGUGGCAAAGUCGCCAUGGACAAAAGGGAAGUCAGCAUUAAAUGUCAUACCAGAACAAGGUAUAGAGAACAAUCAAGAUGAAGAAACUUGUGUCAUGAAAAUUGCAGAAAGCGAAAUAGAACAUGAAACUUUUGUCAAAAAUACAUUUGAAAUUGAUCAUGAACAUUUUGAAUCGACAGAGGAAAACGACGAAACCAGCGUCAUGAAAAUAGUAUGCAAUUCUUCUGACUCACAUGUUGCCGGAGCAGUGAGUGGUUCACCUCGAACUGAAGCUGGAAGUGGUUUUCUUUUGACAGGAGCAGAGUUCGGUAAAUCUUUGACAGGAGCAGGAGGCGGUACAUCUCUGAGAGGAGCAGAAGGCGGUACAUCUCUGAGAGGAGCAGUAGGUGGUACAUCUCUGAGAGGAGCAGUAGGUGGUACAUCUCUGAGAGAAGCAGAAGGUGGUACAUUUCUGAGAGGAGCAGUAGGUGGUACAUCUCUGAGAGGAGCAGAAGGCGGUACAUCUCUGAGAGGAGCAGAAGGCGGUACAUCUCUGAGAGGAGCAGAAGGCGGUACAUCCCUGAGAGGAGCAGAAGGCGGUACAUCUCUGAGAAGAGCAGUAGGUGGUACAUCUCUGACCGAAACUGUAGGUGGAUCAUUGUUAGAUUCGAACAUUGACCGAUGGUACGGAAACAUGUGUGAAACUCGCGUGCGGGGGGAAGUUACAUCUACACAACAACCACAAGUGUCACACGAGCUGAUUACUUGGAGGGAAAAUCCAGUGAAUUUGACUGAUUCUGAAAUAUCUACCUCAUUAAAUGAUCGUGAGGAGGCUGUUCCUCUACAGUCAGGGGACGAAGAACUGCAAUGGUAUCGUGGAGAACAUGUUAUCGACGAGGCGACACAUGCAAAAGUACCAAGAUAAUAAUAAAAAAAAGACUUACAAUGAAACAUACCAGAUAUUUGUAAAAAUAAUACGAUAUUGCAGCUGAUUCUUCCUCUAUCUGGUGUCAAACAAGUACGUGUUAGAUCAUAAACAUGACUGAGGUAUCGGCCCAUUACGAAACAUUAUGUUAUUAUGAUAGUACUAUCAUAUAAACAAGUACUUAUAUAUGUCUUAGGUUUUACUCUUUUCAGUGUGAAACAAUGACUCCUGAUAUUUUUCUAGUUUGCUGAUCCCCAGCUUCUUUAUUCGACAGUGUGUGGGUUUCCUUUGUCAUUCCUUUAGUUUGUUGGAUUUCUUGUAUAUUUGAAUUAACUCAGCCAGCUCAUGUGAGUGUAUAUAAUUUGGUAUGGUCUCUUUGUUCCCAACAACGAUACAAGGACGGAAGCAGUGUUAUAACUGUGAAUCAAUAACAAAGUAAAAAUGAGCAGUGAAGAAACUGUUUGUUGAAAAUAUUGUUGUUUUCGGCUGAAAAGUAUCAUUUGGGGAUUUUGUCUGCCCAUACACAAGCUUCAAUUUUACAAACAAUAAAAAAGGUCCUGAACUAUCUUUGUAUUAUAAUUGUAUUUACACUGGACAUAUCCUGAAAUAUCUUUGUAUUAUCAUUGUAUUUACAUUGGACAUAUCCUGAACUAUCUUUGUAUUAUCAUUGUCUUUACAUUUGACAUAUCCUGACUUAUGAUGAAUCUAACAGGGCUAAGCUCACAAGUCAAGCUUCAUCACUUCAAACGAGAACCUGUAUUGGACAGUGUAAUGGUAAAAUCAUACACGCUUUGCAUGGUCUGUUUAAUUCAGUCAGCCUUUGUGGCUUUGUACUUAGUUGUGGUAUAUUCAAUGAAAAUAAAUGUCAUCAUUCUGGACAUUUGAAGCAUUUUUCAGUUUUUCUCGAUAAUGGUCCCUGCAGGGUUACGGCAGGAGUACAUGAACAUGUACAGUUUAUUAUCAUUUCAUUAUUUGUAUUAAUUUUAAGACAACACUAUACUGAAUGUUUGUACAUUGUAAUGACAAUUUACUGUAAAAAUGGAUAAAACAAAACAAAUUUUAUUUUUCUGUUAAGGAGCGGCGUUACACCAUAAUGUAAAUGGACGUAUAAAAGUGAGGAUUUUUUUUAUGUUAAUACGUAGUUUAAUUUUAUAUUGUUUUAUAUUGUACUUAAAGCGUGAAAAUGCACGGCCAGACGAGGUUUGGAACCCGGGACAAUCCGACCUUCAAAAAGUUAUUCAUUAUUCACGUAUAUUUACAUUAUUGAUGUUUGUUCUGUAUAUUAAUCUACCAACUGAAAACAGCUGCCAUUAGAAAACAUGAAUACACUAUGAAUACAACGAUUUUUGUGCAACCAGUCAGCUGAUUUCACACACAAUGCAAAUCAUAUUACUACCCAUAGUACCGUUCCUGAGAAGAGUUAUCUCCCCUUCUCCGAGAUAACGUGGUUGCGAGAUAUAAUAAACAUUACACAAACCAUAAAUG